AUCAAAAACUGCCUCAAAUGCGCGCAACCGGAGAGGUUGCUUGUGCGGUUUCCAGCUGGCGGGCCUCGCGUAUAGAUAGGGUAGCUAAGUAGCUUAGGCCAUAUGAACCGCCGUUUAACACUGGAGUUUCCUUCCACGGCGGAGGAGCUACCAUACACCAUACACACCUAGGUCCUAGGCACUACACCCUACGCAACACGACGAAGCGCAAGCGCGGCUAAAGGUUACCAUGGCCAGCGAAACCACGGCAGAACCGUCCGAACAUGCGGCCUCCCAAUACACGACAACCAGCGAUCGGCUAGCGGCGCGCCUGGCCAUCCAUGCAUGGAACACGCACUCGGAGGGCUGGUUUAGCUGGGCAGGGAGCCGCAUUCCCAAACGCGGUUCCGUUCUCGAAACGGGUGCGGGCACUGGCCAACUCUGGCGGGAGUCGCCGCCGUUGGCUGGCAUGACGAAGGAUCUGGCCCUGACCGACUUCUCCCCGGCAAUGUGCGUGGAGCUGCGGAAGCUUGCGAAUGAAAUCAAGGGUGUCAAGGUCCAUGUGCAGCAGGCCAGCGCAGAGGAGCUGCCCUUCGACGACGAGACGUUCGACACGGUGGUCGCAAAUCACAUGCUAUACCAUGUCGAUUCGCCCGACGCGGCCCUAGGCGAAUUCUGGCGGGUUCUCAAGCGCGAUGGCACUGUCGUCGUUGCGCUGAACGGCAUGGACCACUUGGACGAACUGCUGGCCCUUGGAGACAAGGUGGGGAGGCCAAGUACCAUACGGAAACAGGCGAGGAUAACGGCGGAGACGGCGCAAGAGGCAUUGGUCCGAAAUGGAUUCAAGGACGUGACUGAGGAACGGUUCCCGGGCCAUUUCGAGGUGGGGGACGUGCAGCCGGUUGUGGACUACUUGAGUAGCUUGGGGGAGGUGGGCUUGGAGCGGGGCCAGAAGGAGGUCAUAGAGAGGGAAGUUGGAGAGGCGAUGGAGAGGGAAGGGGGGGUGUUCCGAGUGACGAAGAACAUGGUGCUGUUUACGGCGAGGAAGCGGUAGCGGUAGCCUAGCUAUCGCGGAUGGCUGUGUGCCGCUAUACAUACCACAGUAGUACUGUGUAUGCAUGGUCGGUAGAAAAUCACUUGUUCCAU